CAACCCAUCCGAGACUAAACUGAUGAUACCCUGAUAGGACAGCGACCUGCCCCAGUGUGGGACGCCUGUGGCCUGCACGUGCACAGCAAAAAGGAAAAGACAUUGGAGGUCUUCCAAGGAGAGUCAUGGCACACAAUCAGGAGGCUCUAUCCAAGACCCAAGUCAUCAGGUUCAAGGACCAGGACUUCAACUCCUUGCGGGAUUAUUGUCUAAGCCGAGGCCUCCUGUUUGAGGAUGAGAUAUUCCCCGCCGAGAUUUCUUCCAUAGGCCCACAGCUGCUCCAGGGAAGACGCUUCUCCAGCCUGCAAUGGAAGCGCCCAAAGGAUUUAUUAAUGGGUAGAUCAGAGCCUCACUUCAUCCUGGAAGGUGCGAGCAGAUUUGACAUCCAACAAGGAGAUGCAGGAGAUUGCUGGUUCCUGGCAGCGCUGGGCUCCUUGACACAGAACCCACAGCAGCUGCAGAAGAUCCUGAUCAACCAAAGCUUUUCCCACCAGUAUGCAGGGAUUUUCCGUUUCUUGUUCUGGCAGUGUGGCCAGUGGGUGGAAGUGGUGGUUGAUGAUCGCCUGCCUCUCCUGGACAAGAAGUACCUCUUUGUGAAUCCUCUCAAGAACCAAGAAUUUUGGCCGUGCCUGCUGGAGAAAGCCUAUGCCAAGUUCCACGGAUCCUAUCUCCGUUUGCACUACGGCUACCUCCCUGAUGCCCUGGUGGACCUCACGGGAGGGGUGGUCACCAGCAUUGACCUGCACUCCUCCCCUUCUGACCUCGUCAUGAUGGUAAAGACGGCUGCCAAGGCAGGCUCCCUGAUGACCUGUGCCACACCGGCCGGGCCGACAGGGAAGGCCUUGACCAUGGAGAAUGGUCUGGUGAGUCAGCACGCCUACACCGUGACGGGGACCGAGCAGGUUCAGUACAGGAGGGGCUGGGAAAACCUCAUCCGCCUGUGGAACCCCUGGGGCAACACCGAGUGGCAGGGGCGCUGGGGGGACAGGUCUCCGGAGUGGCAGGAAACCCAAGACCCACGGAAGAGCAAGCUAUAUGAGAAUAAGAAUGAUGGCGAGUUUUGGAUGUCAUGUCGUGAUUUCCAAGAGAACUUCUCCUGCCUUUAUAUAUGUAACCAAUUCCCAGUCAACCUGUACCCUGGACACAUGGCCCAUGAAAGAUGGUCCCAAAUUACAUUAAAGAACUACACGACUCCAGGAAACACUACAGAAGGAUUUGAGAGGGACACACAGUACAUCUUCUCUGUGCCAGAGAGAGUGGAAGGCAACAACGUCGUUGUGUCCUGCAGCAUCGCACCACAAAAUUUAAAUACAGAUGAGAAGUUUCCACUGAACUUCCACGUGUUCAAGGUAAGGCCACCUUUUCAGCACUUUCGGGAGAAGCUGCCAUCGGCCUUUUUCUCCCACUUCAGAAAUGCUGAAAAGGGCAUAGUGACCAGAACCAAGCGCAACCUCACAAAGUGCUUCACGCUGAGCCUGGGGACCUACGUGGUCACCGUGUCUGCGUGCAGAAAAGCAGUUGAGCUCUUGCUUCGGAUCUUCCUGAAAAUGCCAGAUGCUGACGGGAACGUGGGCAGCAAUUUCAGUCUCCAAGCACUGAAGGCAAGUCUUCCAGAAAAUGGCUCUCAACAAAGCAUUUUCUACAGAUAUGCUCGGCAGGGACUAGGCAUCGAUGCCACCCAGCUGCAAAAACUUCUCAAUCAGGAAUUCCUGAACGGACCUCCAGGAGAUGCGUUCUCUUUGGAUGAGUGCCGGAGCAUCGUAGCUCUGAUGGAUCUGAAAGUGAAUGGGCAGCUCGACCACGAGGAGUUUCCGAGGCUGUGGAGCCGUCUUGUCCGAUGCCAGAGUGUUUUCCAGAACUCCCGGAGGAGCUCUGGCGUUUUCCUGAGCUUGGAUUUGUGGAGGGCCGUACGGGAUACAGACUUCCUUGCAGGGGUCUCCGUCAGCAGUGAGCUGCUGGAUCUCAUGGCUCUCAGGUACAGCGACAGAGCCGGCAGGGUCAGCUUCCCCAGCCUGGUCUGCUUUCUGAUGCGUCUGGAAGCCAUGGCAAAGGUCUUCCAGAACCUCUCCAAGGAUGGAAAAGGACUCUACCUGACAGAAAUGGAGUGGAUGAACCUGGUCAUGUACAGCUGAGGCAAGGAAUGGAGCAGACCCCGGAGUCCAGGGAACAUACCCUACAGAUACAUAUCUCCACCCCACCUUGCUGUAUCAGAAGCCCCUGCCAAGUCUUCUAGAAUCUUCCAGGAGCUCAAUAUUUUGUGCUUCCUUUGUUGGACAUCUUCAGAUGUUAGGUAUUCUUUAUCUAGAGGCAGCAAUCUACAUCCCUGGAACGUUCUCUUCAUACUUCUAGCUCUAUUAUCUGGACCACUGUAGAAAAAAAAGACUGGACCUGCCAGACCUUCAAAUACUUGAGAAUAGCUUUGCUGCCUAAUCCAAAAGCUCUCUUCUUUAUUUAUCCCUGGUAGUUCUCAUCUAGGACCCAUUGGUGACCAUUCUCUAUAUGCCAGUGACCCUUUGGAGUACACAGUCUCCUAGGCAGCAGUCCUGUGAUCAACACAUUCUGAGGUCCUAUUAUUUUUAUAAGCAGCAUUUAUUCAAUCUCCCAAUUAUGUGCCUUGAAAUCAGGACACAGACAUGGUCUCCAUAAAGAAAUAGUAUUUUAGCAUAAAUAUUUCCUGAACACUUGGUGCCUCCUAAUGAACACAAGUCAACAAACACUGCAGAGAUUUCAGUUAAUUAGAUUCAACUAUAUUUUCUCGAACUCCCCUUUCGUUCCUUUUUAAAAGUAGAACAUUUGAUCAUUUCCAAUCUGCCUGAUUCCUAUUUCAGUCUGCAUGAUUUCUAAUGUCAGGGAUCACUCUUCCAUUGCGUUGUUAAGCUAAUUUUGCAUAUGGGACCUAAAGCUUGAACUUUUGAAAUAUUGGGACUGUCAUUACCCUUUCUCCUAUAAAGGGUCUCAAUUCCCUCUGAACUAAUUUCCCUACACUUCUUGUUCCUUAAGAUUAUGUCAGAAGGAAGUAUAACAUAAGUUGCACGGCUGUGUGUGUUUCAGUCUCCUGCAGUAAUGCCUGCCGUCAUCCUAAGAGUGCUCCCCCGACUUCCUCAUUAAUCACCGCCCUCUGCCUUCACAUUAUUAAAGCAUAUCCACUCGCUCUUGGCUCAUGGGUUGCUUUGCAGAACUGGAGGCAGGAGGAUGAGUAAGUUCUGCCUCCACGUCUACAAACCCACUUUCAUCUGUAAUCGUCUCCCACCUCCUUCCUGUUAUGCUAGAGGGGAUAUCCCUCUGAGGAUAUCCUGGAUCUAAUUGCCUUCCACCUUCGCAAGCGCUUGAUUGAGCGAAUUCUCUCCUCUGACUUCUGAACGCCAAACCUCUCUCUCUUUCUUCUGAAGCCUUCUAAUUCCCAUUUACACAUGCUUCCCUUUUAAAUUUCCUCCAUCUCAAAUUCCCUUCCAGCUACAACCCCAUCUCUCUCCCCCCUUUACAACAAAAAUUCAUCAGGAGCUAAUUGUCUCCACAUCUCUACCUCCCGCUUUCUCCUAAAAUUACUUCAGUUUGGAUUUCUUAGACAUCAUCUCUCUCCCUGACUUUUGCAUUGGCUUCCUAUCUGAUUUUCCUAUGUCCACCCCUAUCCCUCAACUCAAUGUCCUGCAGUCUGAGCACACUUUAAAAAAUUCAGACCCAGUCGCUGCACCCCCCAGGUUAAAAUCCUUCAAUGUCUUCUGACUGAUAUACAGGAGAAGUAGGAAGUCGUGUAUGUGGUCGGCACCACCUGGCCCUGCCCACCUACCUCAAUAUACCUUAUGUCUCUCCUCCUUCCUGCACUCUACUCCCCCCACACCAACAUUACUUACAUUUCCUUUCAGGUUUUAUUAUUUUCUCAACCUCAUGUUGCCUUUUUUAAGUUUCUUGAUGAUAUUGAUUACA